GAAGAGCUCCGAGCUUUGAUUGUCAAAAACAACAAGAAAACAGCUGAUCAACUUCAACUUGUGACCGUAGUUUUUCCUUCUUUUCUUACAGAUAAAAUAUAAAUUAUCCUCCUAAUAAAGGACAGCUAGGUCACUGUUACCGCAGUAUGUCGUCAGAGGAGUUCGAGAAGUUGCAUGAAAUCUACAAAUCUCUGUUUGACGAGCUGAAGCUAAUACCGGAGAGGGCGCUGAAAUGUCACGGAGAGGAGAGGAGGAGGUUGGUGAGGAUCUUUGAUGAGAGGCAGGGGGAGGCUGAGGAGGUGUUGCAGGGAAUGGAAGAGGAGCUCCGCGUCGCCCCCCCUGCCUACAAGAACUCCAUGAGCACAAAGCUGCGUAUUUACCGCAGAGACCUGGGCAAGCUGCAGAGAGAGAUGAAGAGCGCUGCGUCCAGGUUCGACUCGUCCUCCCAGAGCCUGCCAGGAGGACAUCAUGGCGUCUAUUCAUCCCAGAAUGAGCAGAGCACGCAGCAGCAGACCCAGAGGGCUCUGUUGCUUGAGGGCACAGAGCAUUUGAACAACGCCACCCAGAGCAUCGAGCGAAGCCAGCGCAUCGCCGUGGAGACGGAGCAGAUCGGAACCAACAUCAUCGAUGAACUGGGAGAACAGAGGGAACAGCUGGACCGAACCAGAGACAGACUGGUGAACACAGGAGAGAACCUGAGCCGGAGCAGAAAGGUUCUGCGGGCCAUGUCUCGACGGCUGAUGACGAACAAGCUUCUGUUAGCCAUCAUCAUUCUGAUGGAGCUGGCCAUUCUGGGGGCUGUGAUUUACCUGAAGUUCUUCAAGAAAUGAGCGGACACCUCUGUCUGGACCUGAGACUAACUGGUUUUCCACCACCGUCUCCUCCCUCUGUCCUGCAGCAGUAAUACUGCGUCCAGGUGUCCAACUGUCUCACUGAUUCUGGACUCAUUCCACGGACGAGUAAAUGUCCACGCUGACUAAACUCUGAUCUGUCUUCGAAACUGUUUUAAUCUGUUAAGGCCGCUGAAGUCCUGGAGGACGAGGAUCUGCUCAUGUGGGCUGGGUACCACA